AUGGUUAACACAGGGCAAUUUGGUUUUCAUUGUGCAGGAUCAAAGCAUUCGUCCUGCCCAACAACUACCAAGGAUGACGAGUUCCAACAAGGACAAUUCCAACACAGUGACAGCUGUGUUGGUGAAACUGGAAAACUGUCCAGUCUGAAAACGCACAUCGGGGACCACACAAAGGAGCGGCCAUUUCAGUGCCAUUUGUGCCCUCAAAGCUUCUCGCACAGAUCCAGCCUGAUUAGGCAUUUGCGCAUCCACUCAGGCGAGAAGCCAUUUCAGUGCCCUUCUUGCUCUCUGAGCUUCUCGCAAAAAUCCCAUCUUGACACACACCUGCGUGUCCACACUGGCGAGCGGCCGUUUCGGUGUCAUUUGUGCCUUCAGAGCUUCUCACAUAGAUCCAACCUGAAUACUCAUUUACGCAUCCAUUCAGGCGAGCGACCAUACUGCUGCACCAUCUGUCCCAAGUCCUUUGCGCUGGUUACUCACUUGAAGAGACAUAUGAAAACAAAGCACCAGGGCAGCCCUGAGGACCUUUUGCUGCACUACGUGGAGCACCUGGAUGUCUUGGAGAAGGAUGUCGGCAAGUUUUGCAUAAAGCAAGCUAGGUUGACGGAGAUCGGGUUUCUACGUGCAAGCCAGUGUGAAAUUGAGAGUGUCGUUAGUUUCAAUUUCAUCAACCACUACCCUGCAUUUUUCAUCUUAGGGCGGUCUUGCUUUUCUUGUGCAGAAUCAAGUUAUUCAUCCUCUCCAACAACUACUGAGGAUGACAAGUCACAGCAGAAAUGCCUCUACCGCUGUGACUUCUGCAACUAUGAAACUGGAAGAUUAUCAUAUCUGAAAACACACAUCGCUGUCCACACAAGCGAGCGUCCAUUUAAAUGCCAUUCUUGCCCUCAGAGCUGCUUCGGAAAGGCCAAUCUCAAGGACCACCUACGCCUCCACACAGGCGAGAAGCCAUUUCAGUGCCCUUCAUGCCCUCUGAGGUUCUCUCAAAAGGGCACUCUAAAAAGGCACAUGCUCAUACACACAGGUGAGCAGCCAUAUCAGUGCCCCUCGUGCCCUCGGAGCUUCUCGCAGAGAUCCAACUUGAAGAGUCAUUUGCGCAUUCACUCAGGCAAGCGGCCAUACUGCUGCCCCAUGUGCCCUCAGACUUUUGUGAAAAGCUGCGACCUCAAGAGACACUUGCGCAUCCACACUUGAGCGACCAUAUUGCUGCAGCAUCUGCUCCAAGUGCUUUGUGCGGGCCAUUAGUUAAAGGGACACAUGGAAACACAUAACCAUGACAGCUCUGAGUAGGUUACUAGCCAUGCAGGUGUGCGUUAUGUAAUAAUUAGUCUGAUGCAUGUAUCUACUUAGCUGCUGACAUGGCAGGACGUUCCUACAUAAUCUAACAAGUUGUAGAGAGUUUUGUUGUAAUGAUAUUACUGUAUUCCUUUGUAUGAAGGCAUAACAAAUUUAGAAGUGAUCAUCCAUCAACUGUGCCUUGAAAAGACUCUAGCCUGCAGGAAAAUAGUCCUGGUACAAUGAGAAUGUGAAGCCCAUGAUCAUGACUUGUUGCUCUCCUCCAAGUCUACUGCUGUCUAAGUGAACAUUCUUGUGAGUUAAGUAGCUUUUUUUUUACCAGGUUUAAGCAUUGCUAACAGACAAGCACGGUGCGUUAGUCAUGCAAUGUCAGUUAUUUAGCAAACUCUCCUCUUGCAUGAACCCCGCUUCCUGCUGGAAAAUAAAGGUCGCAUGCAUAAAUGCCUCUAGGAUGAAUGCACCGUCCGCAGUAUCAUCAAUUAUCGCAUGUGACUUUGGUAAAGCAUCAAAUGCAGAACGCACUAAACUACCACAGGAAGGUGUACCGUGUUGUGAAAGACAAUGAAGGAAAAUAAAAAAGGAGGCUGUACUCACAAGGUGCAUGUGAUACAGUACGUCAGCUCCAGUACCAGAAAUGGGACGGAAGGAAUAUGAUUUCCGUGCACUAGUGGAGGUAAACAAGACGUCUAUUUUGGCUGUGAAGUUUGGCUUCUGGCAACACGGUAAUCUGACACAUUCAAUUCAUUCUAUCUCUUCUUAAUCCUUUAAGUGGGAAGAGACGAAAGAUGUGGCCUAUAAUGCGCUUAUGGCUUCAUUCCUUCUUUGUGAUGUACAAAUAACUGCUAAAUAAAAUAUAAAAAUAUUUCCCAAAAAACUGAGUGAGUUUCAGUAUGUCAACCAUGCUGUUUAGCUACCAGGUUAAUGGCAAAUCUACGGUGCAAGAAUGGUAUUUUGUAGUGCUUGCUAAUGGAAGCCAGCAGCAUACUGUUUUUUUUUUUUUUUUAGUGUUAUACUAAUGAUGAAAAGAACAAAAAGGUUGCAUGCACUUCUCGAAGAGAGAAACACAUUGCGUUACGAACAUUUUAAACCAGGAGUGCCUCUCUAUCAAAGACAACAAUGGCGUCUUAAGUAAAUACUAGCCGGAGGAAAACUGAAGGAUUAUUUUCAUGCUGAUGUUAGACAACCAGCCACAAUCUUUCGAGGCAUUUCGUUUAGGCAUUUUCAGGCAAUCUCAUGUAGAAGAUUUAGCUUUGCUUCAUAUAGAUUUUCUCACAUAGAGGUGUUUUUCAGAACUGUUUGUCUUGCAUUGUGCUUUGUUGUCAGUAACGAGGAUUAGUACAAAAUUCUAGAUUUCUGGUGGCGUCGAAAGAGUGCGAGUUUGCCUAGCCUACAGGAAUGAUGAUUACAUCGUGGAACAUGUCCACCAGCUAGGUCGACCAAAGGACAUUUUUGUUGCCUGGUGAUUUCUUUGAUGUUUUAUGGUCCUAGUUUUGAUCAGCUGCAUUAUUGCCAAUUGAAUAAAGCUAUGAAGGGGUCAGAACAAGUGAAAUUUUUGUGCUGUGCCAAGCUGCCUUCUCAAUAGUAUACUGCAGAAUAGCAUAUUGUUUACGCCUGGUUAGAGGCAACAUUAUCGGAGUUACUAGAAGCUCACAAACCGACGUUUCCAUGGCAGGCUGUGUGACAGCUGCCCAAGAUAUUUUGUUAUUUGCAAGAAAUCGUCAUUUAAAUCUGUGAUUGAUGCUCUUCUUCAUGUGAAUGCAGUAUUGACUAAAGAAUUUUUGCUCGCAAUUCAUUGAGGCCCUGGAAGGCAGUAUGUCUGGUAAAUAGCACUAAGAACGUGCCUCAGCCUUGAAUUGGUAUCUCAACAAUUUUGUUGAGUCAUUGUACACUGCAUACAGGAUGUCUAAUAGAAAAAAAAACUGACAAUUUCAAUAUGCGUUCUGCAGACGCACCUCUAUGUAGAUAGGAAAUGAGACGUUGCUUAAAGAAAGGAAAUAAUUUUCGCACUGCCGUGAGUAUGACCACCACAUAUGCUAAGCAAAGGACCAUGAAGCCAGCAAGUUUUGUCAGCAAAACAUCUGCUGCUGCUCGCUGUGAACAUUUUUGUGAAGCCUAGUGUUGAGCAGGUACCUAAAUAAGCACAAAUUUAAAGGCACUUAAAGGGUUAAUAUGAACAAAUUUGAAAAAUUCUUCCAGUGGAGCAUUGCCCUUGGGUCACGUUACAAGUUCUGAUGUGUAAGGAAAAUAAUUUAUGAGGCCUGGUGAGGGGCCCUUUAAGAGACGUCUACAUUGUGCACUAGAAACAACUGCAUAUUGUUAGUUGUAAAUAUAAUGCUCUCAAUUAUAGGAAAGGUUUGUGUGUAGAGGCAGGACCAGUAUGUGGAUGCCUUGUUUUGGAGAUCAACAGUAUUUCCAACUUCUAAAUACUUAAUAUGGCUGCACUCAUAGAAAAACCUAUUUUAUAAUCGUAUCAUCCUUUUCUCUACAGCGACCACUCCUUUGCUGCGCACAAUAUUUUGAAAGUCCGAAGUAAUCUGCAAUCUUGUCUCAAGUUUACAUCAUUUUGUCAGUAGCAGAUAUCCUAAAUAAAGGACACUUUGACACACUCAUUUAUCACUUCAGCUUGACAAUGUAUGUGUGUUUUUUACCCCUCUUUGAACUCAAUGUAACCUGUGUCGGACUGCAUCAUGCCAUAAGAUUCAGUGUACUUAAGCUGAACUGGUAAGAAAAGAUCAAUUUGCAUUGUGAUCCUCUGGUUCAAUAACGUUUGGCACCUUGUUCAUAGCAAUGCUUAUUCCAGGCUUCAUUCUGGGCAAUACCUGUAACAUUUCUUCCAUUCAUUAUUAAGGAAUUAUAUUGGCUUGUCACUUUGAAGGCUUACUCUAGGCACUUAUUCUCUGCACUGCAUUUGUGGGAAGGUGAACUUCUCUUCAGCGCCACUUUUUCUGCAGGUGUCUUUAGAAAUCUGUGUUCUUCAGUGCCAGGGUACUGUUGUAC